UUGUUUCUACUUGUUGAAACUUGUAUAAAAACUACCAUUCCAAAAUAAAUAAGUGUUGUGUUCUUUAAAGUUAAUGUAACGUACUUUCUCGGGAUACAUCGUUUCCUUUGACUAACGUAGUGUACUGCGUGAAGUGGUAGCCAUUUUAUACAUUACCUAAUCAAAGGUCCUUUCGAUAGCGGUUUCAUUGUCUGGUUUAAAACCAGGAAAUUAUCAAAUACAGACCGUCAAAUGGCGUUAAAACGAAUUAAUAAGGAAUUGCAAGACCUGGGUAGGGAUCCACCAGCACAAUGCUCAGCAGGACCUGUUGGAGAUGAUUUGUUCCAUUGGCAGGCUACAAUCAUGGGGCCACCUGACAGUCCGUACCAAGGAGGGGUAUUCUUUUUAACAAUUCACUUCCCCACAGAUUAUCCUUUCAAACCUCCAAAGGUUGCAUUCACAACAAGAAUUUAUCAUCCAAACAUAAAUAGUAAUGGUAGCAUUUGCUUGGAUAUUUUGAGAUCACAAUGGUCUCCAGCUCUUACAAUUUCUAAAGUUCUUUUGUCCAUCUGCUCUCUGUUGUGCGACCCAAAUCCGGAUGAUCCAUUAGUGCCAGAAAUAGCUAGGAUAUACAAGACGGAUAGGGAAAAAUACAAUGAACUUGCGAGGGAAUGGACGCGCAAGUAUGCCAUGUGAUGCCCUCGACCUCCUUCAGCGGCCCAGCUCACCCAAAAUCAGCUGUCCGUUCUACAUUUUCUAACGAGAAAUAGAGAAACAAAAAAAUAAAUAACAGGACAAGAACAACAAUGAAAACAACUUAAGGGACUUCCUGACGCUGGUGUUCUGUAGUUCUGGCCAUUGCUAAUUAUUCAUCUCUAAACUCUCUCUUUUUAUUAAAGAGAUAUUUCAUGAAAAGAU